CUGCUAGUAUUUCAAAUUUAAUUAAUCACGACGAAGAAAAUCAGAAUAAUAAUAAUUCCUCUUCAACUACUAUCGCAAAUUCACCAACAUCACGAACAAAAUUUCAUAAUACAAAUAAUUCCGAUUUUAUCAAUGCCAACUCAAAAAAGAAAAGGAAAGGUGGGCACGAUCAUGAUUAUGAAGGAGGUGGUGAAUCUUCUAAAAGACAAAGACGUAGCGGUAUUCAUAAGAAUGUUUCUUCUUCUUCUACUUAUUCAUUAGGAACAACUAUGACCACAACCAUAAAUACCAUGAUGAUGAUUGAUGAAAUCG